GGCGUUGCCAUGGCGUAGAUGGGAAACUCCCUCUUUUUCCUGGUCUUUGUUUAAAAUGCUCUGCCAGUAAAGCAUUAUACAUCAGUAAAGUCUGUGGGGUUUUUUCUGUCUGUCUGCAGGAUUAUUACACACAUUAUUAUGGACUGUGAUGGGCUGUUCUACAGUGUUUCACCCUCGCCUGUAAAAUUACGCUUUAUCUUCGUCGUUCUUUGGCUUUUUUCACCACCUGCUGCCGGUCAGCCUCAGGUGAUUGGUUCCCUUCAGUCAAUCAGAGCAGCUCCAGGUGAUGACAUCAACCUCCCGUGCCACGUGGAGCCUCCGAUAAAUGUGUCAGGACUGACCGUUGAGUGGUCGAGGCCCGACCUGAAGCCGGACCCCAACGACCGCCUGAGCAGAGUGGAUUACGUUCAUCUUUAUCGCGACAGAAGGGAAGUCACAGAUAUAAAGAUCUCGUCGUACGUGGGGCGGACGCUGCUGUCCACAGAGGGCUUGGGGAAAGGAGACAUAUCCCUCAAGAUCUACAACGUGACGCUUGAAGACGAGGGGAGAUUCAGAUGCUUCAUCCCGAAAUUAGAGGGUCAAAAAAAGUCUGCAAUCGUUGUUCUCGUUGUUGAGCAAAACUCCCCGACAACAGAGACGCCACUGCAAUCUAGAGAUCUCCAAACUCCCGAUCCUAAGGAAGAAACGGCCGAUAAAGGUGUGUCCAGUCGCAGCAAUGUGAUCCCAGUCGUGGUUUUCAGCUGCCUUUCGGUGUUCCUGUUAAUGGUAAUUUUAACAGUGGGUGUAACAAAAUGUCGAAAACCAGAAGUAAGUAACGUGAUCUAAUUUAAUACUUGAGUAUAAAUCAGUUAUCAUUUAAUUGAUAAGUAUUCUCUGCUAGAAAAAAACAUAUACUUUCUUCCUGUAUGUGAAAAGGAGACAGUUGAAUACUUAUUUAUUAUUCAUUUGCCCUGAAGCAGAGAUUUUGCUUCACGGAAAUGAUAAUACGCACUACGGAAAUCAACCUCUCCCACUACAGAGAGACACACUGGCCCGCAGAAGGAUAUAGUUGAAUUAACAUUUGACCCUGAUGUGGAAAGUGUUUAUACAACAUGAUAAAGGCGAUCAUUUCAAGCAAUCUGGGUAUUUCCAAGAAGCUUUAUCAUGCGCCUUCAGCAGGACAUACACAGAAAGGUCCAUUUGAAGGGUCUAAAUACUUCAUUAAGUACUUGUUCAUGACUCCUUUAAUUUCCCUUGAUUUUUUUCAGUUGUUAUUUAAGUACUGAAUACAUGUUCAAUGUGUGUGUAGCAUGAGGGUGAGGCAGCUUAUAAUUUAUUUAUUGUGUUGUUAUAAAUGUUCUAAUAAUGACUGAUUUGUAUUCUAAAAUGUUCCAACAAAGCAGCACUUAUUCAGUGAGCAUUGUGCCUUCUGUGAUCUUAAAGGUUAAAAUAUCUCUUGUUUAUUUUUUCCACUUUACAUAACAAGUUAACAAGUUAUUUCUGUGUGCAGUGUUUUGCUCUGUGUGUAAAAAUAAUCAGCAUAGCGUUAAACGUUACCUGUUCACGCUGUUUAACGAGGUAUUGUUCAUCUUUUAAGUUAUUUUUGGAUGUAUUUAAGUUAUUCUGUUAGUGUUUUCAAUCAUUAUCCAAGACUUUAUCCAAUGUUACUUGAGAUUGUUUCAAAACUAGUUCAUUUGUUACGACAUUUUAAGUGAAGUAUAAUUUUUGUGAUUAUAUAAUAGUUGCUAAAUAAAAACAAUGUGCUUGCAUCAUGUUGUAAUAUCUGUGCGGGAGUUCAGUGUUUACUCAACAAGGGAAAGAUAAUUUAAGCUGACAGUACAUCUAACCCUCCUUAUCGUAUUUAUGUAUGUGUUUAUUAUAAAACAGUCAUUUACUCCAUGGCUUUUGUCAUCUGUGAGCUCUUGCUAGAAGAUUCAUACAUAAACACCAGUGUGUUGCUGUAACCUUCAUCCUUCAUACUAAAUCACCUAAUCAUCGGCUUGUCUGCUGCCUAAAAAGAGAACAUCAGCUGUUCAUCAGUCAUGGAAAUAAAGU